AUGGAUUCCCAUGUGAACGAAAACCCCGACGACGCCGUCAAUACCUAUACCGAUCAGGCCUCUGAUAACUCCGAUCAGCAAUCAUGGGGGCAAUGGCUUCGAAGCCAAUUCAACCCACGGCCUCCCGACGAUGAUGAGCCUCAAGAUUGGUGGUUUGCCUCCACCGCGAUUCCCCUUAUCGCUGCUGCAUCCGCCCCGCUCUCAAAUGUUAUGUCAAUAGUUGCGUUGGUCAUGCCAUGGAGGAGCAAUAUCAUUCAUGACAAGGUAGAUUCAUUUGGAGACGUUGUACAAGUUGGCUUUCAUGAUCCUAGAUGGGCCAUUGCACUGAAUGCUUCUUCUCUUGCGUUUGGAGUGACCGGAAAUGUCUUUCUACUAUGCAACUUUACGCGAAUUAUACGUUAUACAAUAGCUUUUCCUGCGUCGAUAAUCAGCUGGUCAUUGUCGACAAUUUUAUUGAUCGCAGCAACUGUUACGAUGAAUGUCUAUGCAAGCCCAGUGCCGCCGGGGCAGGUCUAUUCCCAGGCUUAUUGGAGUGCCGUUAUUUCGGCGGCCCUUCACUUCGUUCUCAGCGUCCUCUUGAUGAUCAACAUGCUUGGCUACGUAUUGGGGCAUUAUCCACAAUAUGCUGCUCGUACUGAUAACCAGCGGACUUUGAUCUUGCAGACUUUUUCAUUUGUCGCCUGGCUCUUGGUAGGUGCUGCAAUAUUUCACGAACUCAUAGACAUAUCUUUCGCAGAUGCGCUAUAUUUCUCAGAUAUAACGAUCUUAACUCUGGGAUAUGGCGAUAUUGUACCUAUUUCUGCCGUGGGUCGAGGUAUAGUCUUUCCCUAUGCGGUAGUGGGCAUUGUCAUACUAGGCUUGGUGAUCGGAAGCAUCAAUCAAUUCGCCAAAGAAGUCCAAUAUGAGAAUGUUAUUCGGAAGCACUUCGAGCGAAAACGACAGACAAUCGUCAGACAUGCCAGUACCACAAUACCCGACCAUCAUAGGGGCGCAGUACGAAAUGCAUCAUACACUAGUGGGUUGGAAGGACCAGCGGAGAUCGAAUACCGUUCCCGUUCUUCGGACAGGCAUCCGAUGAAGACCAACAUCGGCUCCUGGGCUCGAGGACUAAAAGGUCGGUCAAAACUUAUCAUCUUGAGAGAAGAAAAAGAUCGAUUUGAUGCCAUGCGAGCCGUUCAACACAAGACCACCGUCUUUCGUCGGACGUAUAACUUAGUAAUGAGCCUAAUCAUGUUCGGCAUAGUGUGGAGUUGUGGUGCACUGGUUUUCUGGCGGCUUGAGGAAAAUUGGACAUAUUUCGAUUCCUUAUACUUCGGGUUCUGUUCGCUUCUGACAAUUGGAUACGGUGAUUUCACCCCUACUACCAACGCAGCUAGACCUUUCUUUGUGGUGUGGUCUCUCAUCGCAAUUCCGACCAUGACCAUUCUUAUCUCAGGAUUGAGCGACACCGUCGUUGCCUGGUUCAAACGAGCUACGGAUGUCGCCGCGGAUUGGACCGUCCUUCCCCAAGCAGCCAAUUAUAGAGGUCUCCUUCGAAGACUACAUAUGUCCUCCUUUGCUGGCGAACAGGGGGAAGAGAACAGACGAGAAGGGUUCACCGAUGGUGACGUUGAACCAGGAAAGUCUCGUCAUGGGGAUGACAAAUCCUCUCAUCGUCCGAAAUCUCUUGAAGAACUCGCUCAGGUUUCGACUGCGACGGAUUUAGCCCAGCAACUUGCACUCGCGAUCCAGAGAACCACCAAGGAUGCACUCCAAAGCCCUUCGAAACACUACGGCUACGAGGAAUGGGUCGAGAUCAUGAGCUUGAUUCGGUUCACUAGUCCCGAUCCCCACGGUAUGGUACUACACGAGGAUGAUUUUGGUAUUCUGGAUUGGGAUUGGAUUGGGGAAUCAAGUCCGAUGCUUUCAGUACAGUCGGAGCCAGAGUGGGUCCUUGACCGAUUAUGUGAGAGCCUGAUCCGCUGGGUGAAUUAUCAAGAUCAAGAGAGAUCUUCAGACCAAGAACAGGAGACCAACGUGGCUGAAAAUAAAGAAGGGGUUCGUGGGUGA